AUGUGGGUGGCCCUUAAGGAAGAUUGUUUCACUUACACGGUAAAUCUACGAGAAGAUCUUCGUACUAUCGUGGAUGUAACACACGUUCCCACCAAGCGAGAAGUGUUGAAGGUUGUUAUGAGCCUCUUCGAUCCACUGGGGCUUAUUUCCCACUUUCUCGUUCACGGAAAAAUCCUCAUCCAAGGAACCUGGGCAUCAGGAACGGGCUGGGAUGAACCAAUAAACGAGGACCUCUACCAAAGAUGGCGCCAGUGGGUGGAUCUUUUUCCGAUGCUGGAUAAUAUAAAAAUCCCACGGUGCUACUUCUCAACAUUCCCGGAUACCCUUGAAGGUCUGCAACUGGUACUUGUGGGAGCAAAAAGCAAAGUAGCUCCUCUGAAGACGCUCUCAAUCCCACGGCUCGAACUGAAUGCAGCAGUGUUGGGAGUUCGUUUCCUGGCUUCGGUUCUAGGGUACCACACGUUUCCGGUCUCUCAACGCUUUUUCUGGAGUGACUCUACUACGGUGUUGGCGUGGAUUCGAUCUGACCACCGGCGUUUUCACAAGUUUGUGUCGGUUCGAAUCGGAGAAAUUCUAACUCUGAGUGAUCCACAGGACUGGAGGUGGGUCCCAUCGAAGAAAAACGUAUCGGAUGUCACCACAAAAUGGAAGAACGGGCCGAAUCUAGGAUCCAACAGCGCCUGGUUGCAAGGACCCGAGUUUCUACGCUACGGGGAAGAAUCUUGGCCGGAACAGCCUCCAGCAGUGACGACCCACGAAGAAGUACGAAGAGUUCAGGUGCACUGGAAUCCUACACCACCGAUGGAUUAUUCGUGGUUCAACCGGUGGACGAAGCUGCAGCGAACGAUGGCAUACGUGAUCCGCUUCAUCGACAGCUCGCGGCGAAAGAACAUCGGACAGCAUCUACAUUUAAAGGUACUCAGUCAGGGAGAACUAGCUAGAGCGGAAAUGCUACUAUGGAAGAUGGCGCAAGCGAAUGCUUUUCCAGAAGAGAUAACCAUAUUAGAGGAAACUCGAGGUACUCCAGAGAUACACCACACUACCGUGUCCAAGUCGAGCUCCAUCUACAAAACCUGGCCUUUCAUGGAUGAGCAAGGAAUUCUUCGAAUGCGUGGUCGUAUUGGAGCCGCAACAUAUGUGCCUUUCAAAGCAAAGUAUCCUGCUAUUCUCCCAAAGUGUCAUCCUGUGACAUAUCUCAUUACGGAUUGA